AUGGUUGGGGAGGACGGCAAGGGUUACAGCCAGGAGUACCUGCACCCCGUACAAGACUUGUGCUGUGUCUCUUCAGGCGCAAAAUACAUCUCCCAGUGCAUCGAUGAGAUCAAGCAGGAGCUGAAGCAGGAUAACAUUGCCGUGAAAGCAAAUGCAGUCUGCAAACUUACAUAUUUACAGAUGCUGGGCUACGACAUCAGUUGGGCUGCUUUCAAUAUUAUUGAAGUCAUGAGUGCAUCAAAGUUUACAUUCAAAAGAAUCGGUUACCUAGCUGCCUCUCAGUGCUUUCAUGAAGGGACUGAUGUAAUUAUGUUGACUACUAAUCAGAUCCGAAAGGAUCUGAGUAGCCCUAACCAGUAUGAUACUGGAGUUGCACUGACUGGCUUGUCCUGUUUUGUUACUCCAGAUCUUGCCAGGGACUUGGCAAAUGACAUCAUGACACUGAUGUCUCAUACAAAGCCUUAUAUCAGGAAGAAGGCAGUGUUAAUCAUGUACAAAGUUUUUUUGAAAUACCCAGAGUCCCUCCGUCCUGCAUUUCCUCGCCUUAAAGAGAAACUUGAAGAUCCAGAUCCUGGUGUGCAGUCUGCUGCAGUAAAUGUUAUUUGUGAGCUGGCUCGACGCAAUCCCAAAAACUACCUUUCCCUUGCUCCACUCUUUUUCAAGUUGAUGACGUCGUCAACCAAUAAUUGGGUUCUCAUUAAAAUUAUAAAACUGUUUGGUGCUCUUACUCCAUUAGAACCUAGGCUGGGAAAGAAACUGAUUGAGCCUCUGACCAACCUCAUCCAUAGCACCUCUGCCAUGUCUCUCUUAUAUGAAUGUGUGAACACAGUAAUAGCAGUUUUGAUCUCUCUGUCCUCUGGGAUGCCUAAUCACAGUGCUAGCAUCCAGCUUUGUGUUCAGAAGUUAAGGAUAUUGAUAGAAGAUUCUGACCAGAACUUGAAGUACCUGGGACUGUUAGCUAUGUCCAAAAUCCUGAAAACGCAUCCUAAAUCAGUUCAAUCUCACAAGGAUCUCAUUCUCCAAUGUUUGGAUGACAAAGAUGAGUCUAUCCGACUCAGAGCUUUAGAUCUCCUGUAUGGCAUGGUAUCGAAGAAGAACUUGAUGGAGAUAGUGAAGAAACUGAUGAUUCACGUGGAUAAAGCAGAAGGGACGACAUACCGGGAUGAGCUGCUGACCAAAAUCAUAGAUAUUUGUAGUCAGUCCAAUUAUCAAUAUAUCACAAACUUUGAAUGGUACAUAAGCAUCUUGGUGGAGCUGACCCGGUUGGAAGGCACACGACAUGGGCACCUUAUAGCAGCUCAGAUGUUAGAUGUAGCUAUCAGAGUUAAAGCUAUUCGUAAAUUUGCAGUUUCUCAAAUGGCCAUGCUUCUGGACAAUGCUCAUCUCAUAGCCAGCAACACCCAGAGAAAUGGCAUCUGUGAGGUGCUUUAUGCUGCUGCUUGGAUAUGUGGGGAGUUCUCUGAACACCUUGAGGAAGCAAACCAAACUUUAGAAGCAAUGUUGAGGCCUAAAGUUACAACUCUACCAGGCCACAUCCAGGCAGUUUAUGUCCAGAACAUGGUGAAGCUCUAUGCAUCCAUCCUGCAGCAGAAAGAGCAAUCUGGGGAAAAGGAAGCAGCUCAGGAAAUUACACAGCUGAUGAUUGAGCGUUUGCCUCAGUUUGUACAGAGUGCAGAUCUAGAAGUUCAGGAGAGGGCUUCUUGCAUCCUUCAGCUAAUAAAAUAUAUUCAGAAGCUACAAAUAAAAGAAGUACCUGUAGCUGAGGAAGUAAUAGCCCUGUUUGCUGGUGAGCUGAACCCUGUGGCUCCUAAAGCACAGAAGAAAGUACCAGUUCCAGAGGGCUUGGACCUUGAUGCCUGGAUCAAUGAACCUCCAUCAGACAGUGAGUCUGAAGAUGAAAAGCCCAAAACAAUUUUUCAUGAUGAGGAACAAAGGCAUUCCAGACAUAGACAGCCAGAAAUAGAUGAAGAGGAACUGGCCAGACGUCGAGAAGCCCGGAAACAAGAACAGGCAAACAACCCGUUUUAUAUUAAAAGCUCUCCUUCCCCGCAGAAGCGAUACCAAGACACUCCAGGUGUGGAACAUAUACCUGUGGUCCAGAUCGACCUUUCUGUCCCCUUAAAAGUCCCAGGUAUGCCUAUGUCUGACCAGUAUGUGAAACUGGAAGAAGAGCGAAGGCAUAAACAGAAACUGGAGAAAGACAAGAAAAAGAAAAAACAGAAAAAGGAGAAGAGAGGUAAACAUCAUCGCCAUAACUCUCUGCACACGGAGAGUGAGGAGGAUAUUGCUCCAGCUCACCAUGUCGAUAUUAUAACAGAAGAGAUGCCAGAGAAUGCUUUGCCCAGUGAUGAAGAUGACAAAGAUCCGAAUGAUCCAUAUAAGGCACUUGAUAUAGAUCUGGAUAAACCCUUAGCAGACAGUGAGAAGCUGCCAGUGCAGAGACACAGAAAUGUUGAGACCCUGAAGUCACCAGACUCAGAAGUUCCCCUAGCAGAGAAGAAGAGCAAGAAACCCAAAAAGAAGGAAAAGAAACACAAAGAAAAAGAGAGAGACAAAGGAAAGAAAAAAGAGAAAGAGAAGAAGGUAGUAGAGGAGGAAGAAGAAAAAAAGGGGGAAGACUUGGAUUUCUGGCUCUCCACUGCUCCACCAUCUGCUUCCACUACCCAGCCACAGAGUGAGCCUGAAGUGGGUGCUGCUACUGUGGCUGAACCUCAAGAGGUAAAAAAGGAAGAAAGGGAAGAGCGAGAGGAGGAGGAGGAGGAUGAAGGAAAGAAAUCCUCCAAGCAUAAGAAGAAGAAGCACAAGAAAGAGAAAGAAGAGAAAUCAAAGGAUAAAAAGAAAUCCAAAAAGAAGAGUCAUCACAGCGAGGAGGAGACAACAGAGUCGGUGCAGAAUGGAACACUAGAUGAUGAACCACUACCACCUAUGUCCAGUUACCGCCUUCUUGCUGAAAAUCCAUAUAUUAAAAUGACCUAUGAUAUUCAAGGAAACCUCCAGAAUGAUAGUCAAGUUACUGUCUCUGUUAUCUUUGAGAACAAAAGCACUAGCUUCCUUAAGAGCAUGGAACUAAAUGUCCUGGACUCUCUCAACACUAAAAUGCUCCGACCAGAAGGAUCAUCAGUACAUGAUGGGAUACCUGUGCCCUUCCAGCUACCCCCUGGAAUCUCUAAUGAAGCCCAGUUUGUGUUUACACUUCAGAGUAUUGUUAUGGCUCAGAAGUUAAAAGGAACACUGUCCUUUAUAGUCAAAAAUGAUGAAGGUUCAACCCAUGAAAAACUAGAUUUCAAAUUGCACUUCAGUUGCGCUUCAUACUUGAUCACGACGCCUUGCUAUAGUGAUGCUUUUGCCAAGCUCCUAGAGUCUGGAGAUCUGCACAUGAGUUCUAUUAAAGUAGAUGGAAUUAGCAUUUCUUUCCAACAUCUACUGGCAAAGAUCUGUUUUCAUCAUCAUUUUUCAGUUGUGGAACGCGUUGAUUCGUGUGCAUCAAUGUACAGUCGUUCUAUCCAAGGCCAUCACGUCUGCCUACUGGUAAAAAAGGGAGAGAACUCUGUAUCCAUAGAUGGGAAAUGUAAUGAUUCCACCCUGCUUAGCAACUUGUUGGAUGAGAUGAAAGAGACAUUGUCCAAGUGCUGAAUAUUCCUUAUAAAAUAUUCCAACUACAAGAAACACACCUAACGUGUAAAGACGAGCAGACCCAAGUGUUAAGUUUCUCCCUCGUACGCAUGUACUAUCCUGGGGCACGUGCUUUUCAGUUAACUCCACCGUUGUUUGCAGUUUAGACAUUUUAAGGCUGUAUGUUACCUUUUUAUUUCAAAACUUUUUACAAACUGUGGUGUUAACCCUUUCUAGCCCAAAGAGAUCCCAGUGACGUGACUGGAGGAGGGAGGGAGGGACGGGCGCUAUUUAUUCAGCAGCUCA